AUGGACUUUAUGAAGCCAGAGACUGUAUUGGACUUGGGAAACAUCCGUCAAGCUUUAGUCCGGAUGGAGGACACUAUUGUGUUUGAUUUGAUUGAACGUUCACAAUUUUUCAGCUCACCAUCGGUAUAUGAAAAAAACAAGUUCUCCAUUCCUAACUUUGAUGGUACUUUUCUCGAUUGGGCGUUAUUACAGAUGGAAAUUGCUCAUUCGCAGAUAAGACGAUACGAGGCGCCCGACGAGACUCCGUUCUUUCCGCAUCUGAUUAAGGCACCAAUACUACCACCUAUCAAUUACCCCAAGAUUUUGACCAGUUACUCGGAUGAAAUUAAUGUCAAUGAUGAAAUCAUGAAGUUUUACGUGGAGGAUAUUGUUCCUCAAGUUAGUUGCAAAAAGGGAGACCAAUUGGAAAACUUGGGUUCGGCAUCGACUUGUGACAUUGAGUGUUUACAAGCCAUAUCGAGAAGGAUCCAUUUUGGAAAGUUUGUAGCAGAGGCAAAAUACGUCAACGACAAACCAUUGUACAUCAAGUUGAUACUAGCAAAAGAUAUCAAAGGGAUCGAGGAAUCAAUAACAAACAGUGCUGUUGAAGCCAAAAUUUUGGAGCGGUUGGUUGUCAAGGCGGAAAGUUACGGCGUCGAUCCUAGUUUGAAGUACGGUACUAAUGUGCAAAGUAAAGUCAAGCCAGAAGUCAUUGCUGAGUUGUAUAAAAAAUGGAUUAUUCCUUUGACUAAGAAGGUGGAAGUGGAUUAUUUGUUGAGGAGAUUGGAGGAUGAAGAUUCAGAAGUGGUUGAUAAAUAUAGAUAA